AUGAGCGGCAGGGGCCGCAAGGGCGGAUGGGGUGAGCAGAGCUUCCAUGCGAAAGGCCAGAAGGGCCAAAAGGGCCAAAAAGGAGCUGGGAAGGGCAAGGGCCAGAAGGGCCAGAAGGGAAAGGGGGGAAAGGGAGGUCCACGAGAAUCGGAGGAACUGCCAGAGGAACGACGCCGAGUGUUGCUGGGCGAGUUGGAGGCCUUGGCUGCAGGCACCGAGACCGGUGCGGUCCCUCGCGUGGGGGAUCGCGUCCUCCUGCAAGUUCUGGGCAAGGAUCGCGCGGAGCUGCACGGCCGUGUCGGGACGGUUCGAGGCGUCCUUCCUGGUGCCGCUGCCUUCACGGUGCGACUCGAAGAGGGGGCGACAAACCCGGACGGACUGUCACUGUGCGGAACGGCGAACGGAAGCGGCUUAAGGGAGGUGACGGCCUCUGCAGAGGACCUUCGUGUGGUGGAGGCGCUUGGGGCACUGCCGGAGACCUCCCUGACUUUCCCCAAGUCCUUGACGGGCCUGGAAAGGAGGUUCGUGCACGAAGCGGCCGAAAGUCUGGGCCUCGUCUCGCAAUCCUUCGGCCAAGGCCCCGAGCGCUACAUCACCGUCUUUCGCCCUGCCCAGGGAGCCCCUGCCACUGGCGUGGAGUUUGCGCAGGAGCCGGAAGCGGGAGCAGCCGAGGAUGACGCGGAAGCGGAAGUUUGGAUCUCGGGAGUGGUGCUGGAUGAAGGGAGCCAAAGCUUGCUGAAGAGCGUUGUUGGAGUGCCCCACGACUGGCACGUCUUCGCCGAUCGCUGUGAGCUAUGCCGCGGGCCUUUGAGCAACCCGAAGCCACUGGCAGCCAACUUCAAGCGAUCCGUCACCGCAGAGGCCAGCAAAGAGCUCCGACGCCUGCGCCCCGCUGCGGUUUGCGAGAUGCGCGUGGCCACACUGGCCCGAGGCCUGCAGAGCUCUCUCUCUGAAGCUGUCGAAGCUGUCGGCGAAGCUGUCGGCGAAGCCAUAGUGAAGCCCUUCCUGUCCUGCGACGAAGGGAUCGCCGUCGGCGUGCUGGGGCUGCCGACCUUGGAUCGGAAUCCGCAUGUGCUGGUCGCUGCUCGCGGAGCACGGAGUGAGAAGUGUCUCAGCGGCGUGCGCUGGGAGCCUUGGACGGGGGAAGCCCUCCUCCUCCGCGGCCAGCUGAAGCAAUGGCACAAGGCGGAGCUCUUGGGCGAGGAGCCCGAGGCCAGGGGCUGGACGGAAGAAGGAGAGAGCUCUUCGCUGGGCGCCCUGACACUGGCGGACCUGAUCACCCCAGCCGGAGCUUGGCAGAAGCGACGUCGAGCCCGCAAUGGCAACGGGCCUCUCUGCGUGGCCGACUUCUGGGGACCGCCGCAGGCACCGCCAGCUGGGUUGCCGGGAACCUCCGAGGCAGCUGUCGUCUUCGGCGCUCAGGCCGAGAAAAGAAGAACGGGCGAAAAAGGCUCCGCGUUUCUAGCUGUGGCAGCUCCGAUCAGCGAUUCGGAGGCGGCGGCACUCCCGGCGCUGUGGCGGGGACGCUCGGUCGUGGAGCUGGGCUGUGGAACCGGCUAUGUGGGGCUCCUCCUGGCGCAGUUGGGCGCCCGGGUGACGCUCACGGACCUGCCGAAGUUCCAGGAAGCCGCCGCCGCCUCCAUCCUCAGCACGGGACCCCACAUCAAGCCGCCGGGCAGGGCCAGCUUCUGCUGCCUCGACUGGUCUCGCUUGGACGCGAACGCCCGGGCGCUGCUGCGCAGCGCCCACGUCCUCGUCGCCGCCGAGCCGGUCACCUGCCAGUGCUCCGAAAGGGACUUCCUGAGCCUCCUGGAGGCGGUGCUGGGCGGAGGAUCCCUCCUUUGCCCUCGGCUCGAAGGUUUCCUCGUGGCGCACAAGCACCAGCAGAACUUCUGCAUCGGCGGUUACAGCGCGCCUUCGCGCGAAGCGGCACCGGGCAUCGUCCUUUCGGACAGUUGCGACCGCUGCACCUUCCGCCGAAAGCUGCAAGAUGCAGGUGCUUCCAUCGGCGCCUUCGCCAUCGAACCCCCAAGGGAGUUUGCUCACCCCUUCGUCGAGUGCUGGGAGAUCCGUUUGCCGUGGAGAUGA